UGCGAAGCUUGUGUUGUGUUAAUUUUUUAUUAAACUACCUGAGAUUCAUUAGUGUGGGUACGGAAUUCCCUCAUUGAGUAACCGGUGAUCGUCAAACUCGAAACAACUUCAACAGUCGCGGCUUGUUGCCGUUGCGAUCAGACGUGUUCCGUGCUAAUCGAGAUGUUUAUAAGAUAAACAUUAAAAGUAUUUUAUAUAACGUAGAUAAUUAAAUAGUGUGGACAUGUCGAAAAUAUUAGUGAUAAUUAUAUCUUUAAUUGCUGUAACACGUGCUGUGUUAAAGGAAUGUAAAGAGAAAAUUGAUAUAUCAGAUGGGCAAUAUUUACCCAAUGGUGAUAUUGAAUUCGAUGGUGUAAUUUACGAGAAUGGGGAUUAUUUUUAUAAUAAGAGUGCUAAAACGGCGUUCGCUUGCCCAAAGUUAGUUGUACGGAAAUGCUGUCCAUUUGGCUACGGUAGGGAUGGAAGUUAUUGUGUCAAUGUAACGGAUGAUUUUGACAUGGCGGUGUGGGAUGACUAUAGAGUAAUAAAGGGCGCGAAAGGCCGCGAGAUGUUCCGCUUUAAAAUGCAAAAGAUGAACUGUACACCGCCUUAUGUGUCCGUGAUGGUCUCUAUGCUAGGAGAGACAGAUUGGUCGGAUAAUUGGCAUCUUAAAUCGGACGGCAAGUUAUUCGUGGAGUUACCUACCAGCAUUCCUCCAUGGACGGUACUGUCACCUGACAAAUACUGUAUCGACACAUUCCUUUACGAAGACGAGGAUGGAAACACUAAAUCACGGCUCGAUGCUUUGGCUUGCUUCGAAGAUGAGAAUCCUGAAGAUAAUUUCAUAGUUCGAAGCUCAUGUAUGCUGAUUUCUUGUGUGUUCAUUAUCGCUACGGUUGCUGUGUACGCUUGGUUGCCAGAGCUACGAAACAUGCACGGCCGCGUACUCAUGGCGUACCUGCUAUGUCUCUUCUGUGGAUUCAUCUGCAUGGCCAGCCUUCAAAUUAUGCUCACAGUCGACAACAUCACCCCCAACACGUGUCUCGUUCUAACGAUCAUCAUUUACUACUUCCUCGAAUCCGCUUUCUUCUGGCUGAACGUCAUGAGCUUUGAUAUUUGGUGGACUUUCAGUGGUAAAGGUGGAAUGGGGAUGAGCAAAGUGUCCAAGAGAUUUUGUAUAUAUUCAUUGUACGCGUUCGGGGUACCGACUAUUCUUACAAUAAUAUUGACGUCUCUUGAAUUCUCCGGCCUUCAACCGCAUCCGCUUCUACCAUUGCUGAGGUAUCAGGGCUGCUUCAUACACGGGAGAAGCAAACUUUUGUACUUGUACGGGCCAAUGUUCAUACUGUUCGUCGCGAAUAUUGUUUUCUUCGUCAUGACAGCGAUGAAGAUAGCCGACAUCAAGCAGCAGACAGCCGUGCUCAACUCCAAGGAGAGCGCAAUGCACGAUCAUCACAGGAAGGAUAAGCAACGGUUACUGUUGUAUGUAAAACUCUUUACUGUCAUGGGUAUCAACUGGAUUCUGGAAGUUAUCAGCGCCCUCUAUCCUGGCGCCGAUUUCUUCUGGAUGUUCACCGAUGCCUACAACCUGCUCAUUGGGGUCACCAUCUUCAUCAUCUUCGUCUGUAAGCGGAAGAUAUUCCAACUCAUCAAGAAGAGGUUUGUCCCAGAAUACAAGCAACUCCGAGGUGAGCCGAUGUCACGCACCCAAACGACCUCAACACGCACGUACAGUCGCGACGACUUCAGAUUGGGUUCAGUAAAAAACGGGUAAGAAGAAAGAAGAACGUUCAAGAAGUAACAAGUACAUAAGAAAACCGACUGAAUACAAUAACAAAUGACGAUUAAACCAAAGUAAAAGAGUACUCUAUUUUCUAGAAUUGUAAAAUGUUUUUGAAUUAUUAUACUAACAAUUACAAAUAUACAGGAUGUUCGAAAAUUAUUGAUUUGGUUUUAUAGUUUUUUUUUUUCAAAUAACACUAAUUAUAGAUCUACUUAUAAUAGCACAUUUUUAAUAAUUGCAUAUUUUUAUCUGUUAUUUCCGAACAGUCUGUAUAUCGACUAUUAAUCGUAACACCAACUGAAAUUAAAUUAAGAUUCGCAUUUUUAAUUAUCUCUCCUCUAUU